CAUACUGUCCCCACCGCAGUGGUAGGAAGGAUUCAAUCAAGAGGCAUGGCAGGAUAAUGCAUCCUGAUAAAGCCCCACUCUCAGCAGCGGACAUUUUGUUGGCAUGUGAGCAAACUGGCAAUCAGUUUUGAAGCAAAACUUAUACUGAUGGUUAAGGCUGUGGAGGCUGGGGGCUCCUUGGAUGUGGGGACGCUGCUUGCCUGCCUGGAUGCGGAGCGGCGGUGUCGGGUGUGUGGCAAACAGUUCCAGCCAAGCCCCUCAUGGAAGCAAAAACUGACGCGCCACCUCAUGACCCACUCAGGAGAGAAGCCCUUCUACUGUCCCCAGUGCCCGCACCGGUGUGCUCGGAAAGACUCGUUGAAAUUACACAUCGCUCGCAUGCAUGGCUCGCUCCCACCCAUCUAGGCUCGUCUUAAUGAUCUGUACUUUUGAUUAGGUAAACACAAAGGCCACAGGGAGACUGAGUGGUUUGCAUUUAUA